CUCCUGGUCAUCACUCCAGCCUGCACAGAAGUUGUCUCCAUGUCCUCUCAGAAUAAAACUCUAAAAGCCACUGAGGAAUUGGCUCUCCAGACUCUCAUGCUUUUCCAGGUCGGAACUGGGACCCUGGCCAACAUUCUUCUGUUUGUCCACAAUUUCUCUCCCAUCUUUACUGGCUCUCAGCUGAGGCCCACACAGGUCAUUGUCACCAACUUGGCCGUGGCCAAUGUGUUCAUUCUCCUCGUCAUUGCAUUUCCAUUCAACGUGAUGGUUUUUGUUAAAAAAAAUCCUUAUACUAACCUGCAAUGCAAAACUGGGUACUUCAUUCACAUGGUGGCUCGAAGCACAAACAUGUGCUCUACCUGUGUCCUGAGCAUCCAUCAGUUUCUCACUCUUGUUCCUGGUCAUUGGGGUAGGCUGAUGCCUCGAGGAAGAGCCCCUAAUGCCCUGAGUUAUUCUUGUUACAGUUGUUGGUUGUUCAGUGUCUUAAAUAAUGUCUACAUUCCAAUCAAAGUCAGUGAUUCACAGAGCACAGGCAAUGACACUCACAAUCAAGGCAAGUGGGUCUGCUCCACAUCUGGAUUCAAUGAAGGCUUUGUCUUCUUGCGUUUUUCCCAUGAUGCCACAUUCAUCAGCAUCAUGGUCUGGACCAGUGUCUCCAUGGUGCUUCUCCUCCAUAGACAUCACCAGCGAACACAGCACAUCCUCACUGCCAAUCAGAACCACCGAGGCCAUGCUGAGACCAGAGCAGCCCACACCAUCCUCAUGCUGGUGGUCACAUUUGUUGGCUUGUACCUCCUAAAUUUUAUUUUUGUAAUCUUUCAUACUUUUUUAAUGGACUCUCGUAUCUGGUUGAGGCAUGUAAAUGAAGUUUUGACUGCAGGCUUCCCCACUAUUUCUCCCUUCCUGUUGAUCUUUAGGGAUCCUAAGGAUCCCUGUUCUGUGCUCUUCAACUGCUAG